UUUGCAUACAUAGCUACAUACGGAAAAUUCACAAUAUAGUUUUGGACAUUUAACGUGUAAAUUUAGAAAAGUUAAUCAGCAAUGACUGACGAUUCCAAUGGAGAAUCUACAUUCGAAUUUGUUGAAAGAAAGACAGAUGAAUCAUCUACAUCUGGAGAAAUAGUAAAAACGGAUUCUUUUAGCAGUUUAUCAUCAUCAACAUCUUUAUUAAUGCCACUAGGCAUAUCAACAUCUACAGGCAAUUUAUUAUCAAAUGUAGCACCACCUAGUGCAUUACCUAGCUUUAUUUCAAAUUCUGGAACAUUGAUAUCAGAAAGGCCUAGUAAUUUGGAAUCAUCUACGCAAAAGAAAUUUCAUGAACAGGAACCUACUAAAUCAAUGUUAAAUACUAUUAUUCAAUCUAAAUCAUUACAGCAAGAAACACAUCAAACAACUGUAACUUCUAUUAUUACUCCGUCCACACAAAAUGUACCAACUACAAUACCAUCAGAAACUGUGACUCAAGAUUCAGGAAUGGUUGGAGUUGGUUUAUUGUCAUGGGUUAAAGAAACAGUAGUAAAUAGUAAUGUAUUGAGCAAAGUUGCAGAAAAAGCAAAAAAUAGUGUUAAUACUAUGAUCACAACAUUAGAUCCUCAGAUGCGUGAGUUCAUUUAUUCUGGUGGUGACAUGGAGAUUAUAGUUGCAUCAGACAAAGAUGUUAAAAUAAGUCCUGUACGUCAGGCUUUUCAAACUGUUUUUGGAAAAGCAACAGUAACUGGUGUCUCAGUAGAAACUUCUGCUGUAGCUGCUCAACCAGUUGGUUUUGCUGCUGGUGUAAAAGGAGCAGAAGAGAGAAUUAAUUCUGCACGAAAUAUUCCUACUCUUCCAAAAGAUAUACCUAUAAUUGCAGUGGAAAAUUUUUUGUUAGAAGUUGGUGAAGAUAAGUGGUAUGAUUUAGGGGUGAUACUUCUUAAUGACCCCAAACGUAAUGUGAAUUUACAAACCUUCACUCAAAUGACUCCAGUACCAAGUCAAAUAGUAACAAUGGCACAAGAAGCUACACCUGAAGAUUAUCCUCUUAAAUGGUCUGGAUUGUCAGUUACUGUUGGUAGUUUAAUGGCAAAUAGCUUACAGGUUAAUCACAAUGAAUGGCAUCAUGCACUUACUGGAAUUUCCAGAAGAGACAUUAUACUUUUAGCAGUUCAAUCACUAGCUGGAAUUUAUAAAAAUACAAUUAAUCCUGUCUAAAUUUUUAUGAAGAAUACAUCGACGCAAUUUAUCAAUGAAUUGCGUUUUUGUAAAUAUAAUUAUAAUAAUAGUAUACUUGUAUCAGUUGCAAAAUUUAUAUUUUAGGCUCUUACUUUAAAUAAGUAUCUAACAUUUUAUCACAUUGUUGAAACAAAGAUUCAAUUUCAAUUAAUGUGAUAUACUUCUAUUAAAUUAGUAUUUAUAAAUUAAGAAAAUGUAUUUUAAUUAUAUGUGGCAAUAUGUACAAAAAAUCAAAGAAAUCAAGACAAAAUAUAUAAAAAAAUAGAUUUGGUAUACCGAAUGUGAUUAUUUCAUCACAUGUUAAUGAUAAAUAUUUUAUUAAAAUAAAGGUAUAUUUUAUUAAAAUAAAA